GGCUGCGCGCGAGUGGCGCAUGCGCGGAAGGGAACUCGAAGCUGGGGAAAAGAGAAGGUGAAUGAAUUGGAGGCAUCUCAAAGAAACAAGGAGACAUUUAAAAGAGGAAGAUGAGUGCAGAAGCUGCUGACCGAGAGGCCGCCACGUCUAGCCGACCCUGCACUCCGCCGCAGACCUCCUGGUUUGAGUUUUUGCUGGAAGAGUCUCUUCUAGAGAAGCAUCUGAAAAAGAUUGCUCCUGAUCCGUCACCUGUUCAACUGAUUGUUCAGUUUUUGGAACAGGCUUCCAAACCUUUAGUGAAUGAGCAGAACCAGGUUCAGCCUCCCCCUGAUAACAAGAGAAACCGUAUUUUGAAAUUACUUGCCUUGAAGGUUGCUGCACAUUUAAAGUGGGAUUUGGAUGUCCUGGAGAAAAGCUUGUCUGUCCCUGUAUUGAACAUGCUGCUAAACGAAUUGCUGUGUAUUAGCAAAGUCCCCCCAGGAACCAAACAUGUGGAUGUGGACCUCGCAAGUGUACCUCCGACCACCGCAAUGGCUAUACUACUCUAUAAUAGAUGGGCAAUUAGAACCAUUGUCAAAAGUAGUUUUCCUGUCAAGCAAGCAAAACCUGGUCCACCUCAGUUAAACGUAAUGAAUCAGGUCCAACAAGAAAAAGAAGUAACAGAAAACAUUUUAAAAGUGCUGAAAGAGCAGGCUGAUGAUUCCAUUCUGGUGCUAGAAGGAGCUCUCAAACUGAAUAAAGAUCUUUACAUUCACACCAUAAGAACUCUUGACUUGCUGGCCAUGGAACCUGGGAUGGUUAAUGGAGAAACAGAGAGUUCUGCAGCUGGAUUCAUCAUCAGCUCCGAGGAAAUGCAGUGUCAAGUCUGCUAUGAUUUAGGGGCCAUCUACUUUCAACAGGGUUCCAUGAACUUUGAUCUAUAUGUAAAUGCCAGAGAGAAAUUUUUUAGAACCAAAGAACUGAUUUCAAAGAUUGGUUCAUCACUUCACUGCAUCAUAGAUGAAAGGAGGUUAGCUGGCUACUGCCAGGCCUGUGGAGUCCUUGCACCCUCUGACAAUACCUCAUCCCCAUCAACUCCUUACAGUCAAAUCCAUAGCUGCUUAAGAUCUGGCAAUUAUCAGGAGCUGGUGAAGAUUAUCCUUGAAGAUAACCGAACUCCAACUUUACCUGUUCAGUUCAGGCAGUCAGUGCUCAGAGAACUCUCCCAGAAAGCUCAACAAGGGGAUGCUCUUCUGGACGAAAUAUGUUUCAAAGUUUGUGCCUGCAACAGUGUUUGUGAUGUGAUGCAUGGUCGGCCGGUUGGUGUCCAGUUCAGUCAGCUAUUUCUUAGGCCCACCAAGGAAAAAGUAGACUUUCUCCUUGAGGUAUGUUCAAAAUCAUUACAGGUAGAAACGGCUUCAGAAUCUUCAAAAAGGAAAAUGGCCUAUUUUCUGAAGAAUCUCUGCUUGGGUUUGGAAGAUCUCCAGUUGGUCUUCAUGAUUUCUUCCCAUGAGCUCUUCAUGGCGUUGCUAAAAGAUGAUGAGCGAAAAUUGCUCAUUGAUCAGAUGAGGAAAAGGUCACCUCGGGUCAAUUUGGGCACUAAACCUAUAACUUCAUUUUAUGAUAUUCCAGCCUCAGCAAGUGUCAAUAUUGGUCAGCUGGAACAUCAGCUCAUAUUAUCAGUGGAUCCUUGGAGAAUCCGCCAGAUCUUAAUUGAAUUGCACGGCAUGACAGCAGAACGCCAGUUCUGGACAGUUUCUAACAAGUGGGAGGUGCCAAAUGUUUAUGGCAAUGUAAUCCUGGGAAUUAAAGAUAGCUUGACUAGAGAUUUAGUCUACAUUCUGAUGGCAAAAGGCCUGCAUUGCAGUACAGUUAAGGAUUUUGUUCACGCCAAACAGCUUUUUGCUGCCUGCCUUGAGCUUGUGACGGAGUUUUCUCCAAAGCUCCGCCAGGUCAUGCUGAACGAGAUGCUCCUCCUGGACAUUUACACCCACGAAGCAGGAGCAGGCCUUUCGGGAGAACGUCCCCCUUCCGAUCUAAUCAGCAGAGUUCGGGGGUAUUUAGAAAUGAGGGUCCCUGAUAUUCCUCUUCGGCAAGUUGUAGCAGAGGAGUGUGCUGCCUUCUUGUUAAACUGGAGGGAGAAUGAGUACUUAACUAUGCAAGUUCCUCUUUCUUUGGUUCAGAACAAUCCGUAUGUUAAGUUAGGACAACUUUUAGCGGCUACGUGUAAAGAUCUGCCUGGUCCGAAAGAAAGCAGACGGGCAGCGAAAGACCUCUGGGAGGUGGUUGUGCAGAUCUGCAGUGUAUCCAACCAACACAAGCGUGGAAAUGAUGGCAGAGUGAGCUUAAUAAAGCACCGGGAGUCAACAUUAGGCAUAAUGUACAGGAGUGAACUGCUAUCUUUUAUCAAAAAGCUGAGGGAACCCCUGGUUUUGACAACAAUGUUAUCCUUGUUCGUGAAACUUCACAAUGUUCGGGAAGACAUUGUGAAUGAUAUUACCGCAGAGCAUAUAUCAAUUUGGCCCUCAUCCAUUCCUAACUUACAGUCAGUGGAUUUUGAAGCUGUAUCUGUUACGAUCAAAGAGUUAGUCAGCUAUGCUCUGACUAUAAAUUCAAACAAUCACUCCUGGUUAAUAAUUCAAGCAGAUAUUUAUUUUGCAACGAAUCAGUACUCGGCUGCCCUUCGCUACUACCUCCAAGCAGGAGCCGUGUGCUCAGAUUUCUUUACGAAGAUGGUGCCACCUGACAUUUACACUGAUCAGGUGAUAAAGCGUAUGAUAAAGUGUUGUUCUCUGCUCAACUGCCAUACACAGGUAGCAAUUUUGUGCCAGUUCCUUCGAGAAGUGGAUUAUAAAACUGCAUUUAAAGCCCUUCAGGAGCAAAACAGCCAUGAUGCUAUGGAUUCCUAUUAUGACUACAUCUGGGAUAUCACCAUUUUGGAAUACUUGACAUAUCUUCAUCAUAAGCGAGGCGAAUCAGACAAGAGACAAAUAGCAAUUAAAGCUAUUGGGCAGACGGAGCUGAAUUCUAGUAAUCCAGAAGAAGUCCUACAGCUGGCUGCUCAGAGGCGGAAGAAGAAGUUUCUUCAAGCAAUGGCAAAACUGUACUUUUAGUGCAUUAAUUUGUCGCGUAGUGAGAUGGAACAUCAACCAGCUGCAAGAUACUCCCAAUAUUUUAUUUAACUCAUGACACUUUUUUUUACAAUACAUAUUUAUAAACAUA